GCGCCCCUCCCCGCCCGGCCGCGCAAUCGCGGCUAACAGUUUUAUUUCCCCGAAUAAACUUUAUCAAACAAAGCGUGCGUGCCCCGCGCCCUGCAUCUGCUCGCCCAGCUGUUCCCGCUGCAGCUGGGCUCGCCGUCUCCCUCUAACGCCCGCCUCCCCCCGGCGAGCGAGCGAGACGCGGCGUCCCGGUGUAAUCGCAUCGAGGCCCUUCAAUUCCCUGUGCACAGCCCAUUCGCAGUCUGAUUCCCGACGCCGGCGGGCAAACUGUAAUAAUGAAAUGCAAACGUAAGCGCGAAUGUGACGACGAUCGGCGGGUGAGGCGACAACGUCGUCGCAAGCGAUGCCGCAGCGAGCCAGCGGCGGACUCCGACAACGCCGAGAAGCGGGAGGCCUUGAAGAGGCUUUUCGGCCGCAUCUGUUCGAUCGAGGUGGAGGAUCCGCGCGUCACCGAAGAGGAUUUGGAGUACGGGAACAGUGAUUACGGUGACGAGAACGACGACCCCCUAUUGGAUUCUGUGCCCGUGGAUAUGGAUCCUGAACAACUAGGAUUCUUGGUGUGCGCUCAGGAGACACUGCGCUUCCUGCACGGGCGCGGCAUCCCGAUCCAGCACCCGGUGUUCGCCCGGCUGCGCUCGCGCCUGCUCCGCGGGAUCGACGAAAUGGCGGUGGCCUGAGCAAUGCUCGGCCCAGAGCCCAGGAACUAAUCUCCCUAUGUACCUGACCUCCCCCUUUUCGAGAGACUUCUAUUUUCCGACAGUGUUUUCCCCUUCUAAAUGGUUCUCUUCCUUCGAAACAAAGGACUCUCGCACCCUUACUAUGGGCUCUGGUUAGUGCUUAAGAUGGACUGUGUAAGGUUGGUAGUUGCUUGACAAAGCAACAGGUGGCCCGCCAGGGCAUUCUAGUCACUAUCUAGUCAGAUUACGGAGUAUAAUUGAUAAGCAAGAUUAUUCUAUUGAUGUAAAGAUCGAAUAAAUCGUU